AUGGCUGAAGAAUAUGUGGUUACAGUGCUGCUUUUCGAAAGAUUUGCAAAUGUUUUAACUGAAGAAAUGAAUAAACUAGCAUUAAAAUAUCCUCAGCUUCAAAUAUCUUGCUUUUUGGACUUCAAUGAUUUUAAGGAAUCAACUCAUUGGGGAAGAACAAACAUUUUAGUUUUGCAUUUUAGAAAGCAAAGUGAUGUUGACGAGACUUUGCAAAAUAACCCAAUAAAGUGGGUUCAUUCUAUAACUUCUGGAGUAGACAGCUAUAAAAAUUUCUCAUAGAUGGCACUGUUUGCCCUUGAUUUGCCCACUAGGGAAAUUUUUUGGUUCGACCAGUACCAUAUGGUUUGGUCAAACCAAAAAAUUUUCCUCAUGGGCAAAUCAAGGGCAAACAGCGCCAUCUACGGGAAAUUUUCUAUAUAUUUCUUCUGAAAUAAUGAAAAGCAUGAAUAUUCCUCUGACAAGCUCUAAAGGUGCAUAUGAUUGUGGGAUGGCAGAGUGGUGCAUGACAGUGAUGCUUUAUUUCCAAAAGCAAAUGAAAGUGCUUUUUGAGCAGCAAAAUAAUCAUAUUUACAAGCUUUUUCAUAUGCCAACUUUAUAUGGAACAACUUUAGUCAUAUUAGGAUAUGGAUCUAUAGGAAAAUACGUAGCUAAAUUAGCUAAAGGCUUUGGGAUGAGAAUUAUUGGAAUUAAACAGACUGCAUCAGAGCCAGACGAAUAUGCUGAUGAAAUUGUCGAAACUUGCAGGCUUCACGAAUUUUUGCCACAAGCAGACUUUUUAGUAAUGGCUCUUCCUAAUAUCCCUUCUACAGAAAACAUAAUUGGAGCUCAACAAUUAUAUUUAAUGAAAAAAUCUGCUGUCCUCAUUAAUGUCGGAAGAGGGGCAAAUUUAGAUGAAGAUGCCUUAAUUGACGCUCUUACAAAUGGAAAUUUAAAAGGGGCUGCUCUUGAUGCAUGCAAAAUAGAGCCUAUUCCACAGAAUUCAAGACUUUGGGAUACCUCAAAUAUCAUAUUGUCUCCUCACAAUUGUGCUGUUGUUAGUAAUGUGAUAGAGUUAUCAUCUUUAUGCUUUGAAAAACAUUUAUUAUCAUUUUUUGAUGGAAAUUUAAAGUCUACAGUGGAUUUUAAUAAAGGUUAUUAA